GACGCAAGAGUCGGAAUGGGUCUGCCUGAAGCAUUUGUUGCACGUCGCGGAGCGGCUUCCCUCGCCUGUGUGUGUCUAACGCUCUCCUCUCCCCGCGCAGGGGCAGAUCUGCAAGUGUGCGUCCCCAAGGGCUCCACCUGCUGCUCCCGGAGAAUGGAAGAGAAGUACCAGGCCACGGCCCGCGCCACCAUGGAGCAGCUCCUCCAAUCGGCCAGCAUGGAGCUGAAAUUCCUCAUCAUCCAAAACGCUGCGCUCUUCCAAGAAGCCUUCGAAAUUGUAGUACGGCAUGCAAGAAACUACACCAACACCAUGUUUAGGAACCACUACCAGAACAUGGGGUCCAGAGUGCUUAAGUUUGUCGGAGAACUUUUUACAGAUAUCUCGCUUUACAUACUGGGCUCGGACAUCAAUGUGAAUGACAUGGUCAAUGAAUUUUUUGACAGCUUGUUCCCUUUAGUCUACUCUCACUUGAUGAAUCGAGGCUUCCCCGAUCCCUCUGGAGAAAUGAGCGAAUGCCUGCGGGUAGCGAGGCGGGACCUCAGGGUGUUUGGUAAUUAUCCCAAGAUUAUGAUGACCCAGGUGUCAAAGUCGUUGCAGGCCACGCGGGCCUUUCUACAGGCGCUCAACUUGGGGAUCGAAGUCAUCAACAGCACUGACCACUUGAAGUUCAGCAAGGAAUGCGGACGAGCACUGUUAAGGAUAUGGUACUGUUCUCAUUGCCAAGGGCUCCUGAUGGCCAAGCCUUGUGCCGGAUACUGCAGUGUUGUGAUGCAAGGGUGCCUGGCGAGUGUGGUAGAGAUAGAUCACCACUGGAGAGAGUAUAUUCGGUCCCUGGAAGGGCUGACCAAAGGCAUGUACGGAAUCUAUGACAUGGAACAUGUCCUGCUCAGUCUCUUCUUGUUGAUACGAGACUCGGUCAUGUAUGUUCAGAAGAAUGGAGGGAAGCUGUCGGCAACCAUUAGCAAGUUCUGUGGCCAUUCUCAGCAGAGACAGUACAGAUCAGCCCAGAACCCUGAAGAACUUUUCAUUGAAAAGAAAGUACUGAAGGUGGCUCACAUGGACCAUGAAGAAACCCUGUCUAGUCGGAGAAGGGAGCUCAUUAUGAAACUGAAAUCUCACAGCAGUUUUUACAGCAGCUUGCCGGAGUACAUCUGCCACCACAGCUCCGCUGUGCAGAACGACACCCUUUGCUGGAAUGGCCAAGAAGUUGUGGAGAGGUACAGUCCCCAGGCGGCGCGGAACGGAGGGAAGGCGCAAGCGGGC